AUGAGUAUAUUGAAUAAAAGAACAAUAAGUUUGCCUAUUGAUAGUGGAGAAUGUUUUGAUAUCGAGCAGUUUUCUAAUAAUAGUGUGAUAUGGAAAGAAAAAUAUGAAAAAACAAAAGAAUUAUUGAAAAGUUACAAUUUAUUUUCAGAUCAUUUAAUAAAUUCUAGUGUUGAUUUUUAUUUUAAUAAAUUAGGUUUUAAUAAAUGUCAUUUUGAUGAAACUAGUUCUGAAAUGAUAAGUAAAGUGGUUGUGUGUAUAAUAACUGCGAAAAUUAAUGAAGAAUAUUCAAGUGAUAAAUACUUUCCAAUAUUUGAAGAAAAACAUGAUAAUGUAAUUUAUAUAAUUACUAGAGUAUAUGCAGAUGAUAAUAAAACACGAUUAAAUUAUAAAAUGGAAAAGAAAAUAGAAGAAAAAUAUUUUAAUUUUAGUGAUAUGUCGAAAGACUGUUAUAGAUUAAAAAGUUUUAGAUCAGUUCAUUCAGUUUUUGAUAAAGAACGUAGUAGUCAAGAACCAUUAAGAACAUAUAUAUUGGAGUUACCAACUUAUAAUGAUGGUCUAAUUAAUGAAAAUGAAACAAAUUUAAGUAAAUUAAUGGAUAUAAAUUUUUAUAGUUAUAUAAAAGGUACUAAAAGUGAACAAAUAUAUUACGAACUAAAUAAAGAAGUAUUGUAUGAUUUAACUGGGCAGUAUAUACAAACACAUUAUUAUAUAACUUCAAAAAAAACUUUUACUUUAAAUAUAGCGGUAAAAAGGAGUAAUGUUAUUCCAUCUAUUUUUUCUCUAGUUGGAGACUGUUUAAAUAUGCAUAGAUGUUUUUCUUAUUCUAAAUAUGUUGAACCAUUAAAGAACGGAGUCUUAAUUAUUAUAUUAAAUGUUAAUGUAAUUACAGAUACAGAAGAAGAAAAAACAAAUUUGGAUAUUAAAGAAAAAAUUCAAAAAAUUGUAAAAUCAUUGAAAACUCUUUGUCUUUUUCAUAACCCUCAGUUUAUUCAAUUAUCUGUAAAAAGAAUUUUCACAGCUGAAGAAUCUGCAUACAUUUAUAUUGUUAUAAAAUUUAUUACUUUUUUUUCAACUAAUUCUUAUGCUAGUUAUAAAAAUGUAGAAAAUGCAUUACACGUAAAAGGUGAUAAUAGUACUUCAAUUUUAAAUGAUUUUUAUAUCAUUAAGGAAAAAUUAAAAAGUUCAAAAUAUACGAAGAACGAAAUUUUAAAGUGUGCUCAGAGUAAUGCUAAAACUAUAAAGUUGUUAUUUGCAAAUUUUGAAAGAAAAUUUCAUAAAAACAAAAAAAUGGAUGAUAAAUCAAAAGAUGAAAAUUAUAAAAAUAGUAAAGAUAUUAUUGAUGAAAUUGAAGAUAAUCAUCAUAAAAAAAUUUUACAAUAUUUUUAUAUGUUUGAAAAAUAUGCAGUAAAAACUAACUUUUUUUUAACUCAUAAAAUAAGUUUUGCUAUAUCUUUUGAUGGUGAGUUAUUGAAAGAUUCCAUUUACGAAACACAACCAUAUUCUAUUAUCAUGAUUUUAGGAUUACACUUUGUUGGAUUUCAUAUCAGAUUUAGUAAAAUAUCAAGAGGGGGAAUAAGAAUAGUUAUAUCUAAUAAUAUAAAUUCUUAUAUGCAUAAUUUUGAUAAUUUAUUUGAUGAAGCUUAUAAUUUAGCAUAUACACAAAAUUUUAAAAAUAAAGAUAUCCCUGAGGGAGGUAGCAAAGGAAUAAUUUUACUAAAAUCUGAUGUUUGUAAUAAGGUGAAUACAAAAUAUAUCAAAAACUUAUGUUUUUAUUCAUAUGUUAAUUCUCUACUAGAUUUGCUCAUUAACAAAGAAGAUGAAAAUCCAUCUUCUAUUUCUUUUGGUGCAAUGAGUGAAAUAAAUGAUUUACAAAAUAUGAGAAUUAAUGAAAUGAAUAAAAUAAAUGAAGAUAUAAAAAAAUGUAACACAACAAAAGAUGAUAUCAAUGAAAAAAUAGAGGAUAUUAACCAAGAAAAAAUUAUUUCAAAAACAAAUGAUAGUAACCAUUGUUCAAAUAAUAACAUCGAAAUAAAUAAAAAAGAGAAAAUUUUAGAAGAUAUAAAUGAAGAUCUUAUCUUUUUAGGACCAGAUGAAAAUACUGGAUCUGAUCAAUUGAUGGAUUGGGCUUCUAUUAUGGCAAAAAAGAGAAAAUACAAAUAUUGGAAAACAUUUUCAACAGGAAAAUUAAAAAAAAAUGGGGGGGUUCCACAUGACGCUUAUGGUAUGACAACAUUAGGAAUAGAAACAUAUAUUAGAAUGCUAUGUGAAAAAUUAAAUUUAAAAGAAGAAGAUAUAUAUAGAUCAAUAGUUGGUGGACCUGAUGGAGAUUUAGGUAGUAAUAGUAUUUUACAAUCAAAAACAAAAAUUAUAUCUAUUAUUGAUGGUUCUGGUGUUUUAUAUGAUAAAAAUGGAUUAAAUAAAAAGGAAUUAAUAAGAUUAGCUAAACGAAGAAACUAUAAAAAAAAAAAAUUAAAUACUUCAUGUAUACUUUAUAAUGAAAAAUAUUUUUCUAAAGAUGGUUUUAAAAUAUCAAUUGAAGAUCAUAAUGUAGAGUUAUUUGGUAAAACUAUUAAAAGUGGUUUAGAUUUUCGUAAUAACUUUUUUUUAAACCCAUUAAAUAAAUGUGAUUUAUUUAACCCAUGUGGUGGUAGGCCACAUUCUAUUAAUAUUUUUAAUGUUAAUAAUAUUAUUAAAGAUGGUGAAUGUAUUUAUAAAUAUAUAGUAGAAGGGGCAAAUGUUUUUAUUUCUGAUGAUGCUCGAAAUAUUUUAGAAAAUAAAAAUGUUAUUUUAUUUAAAGAUGCUUCAACCAACAAAGGAGGUGUUAUAUCAAGUAGUUUAGAAGUUUUAGCUGGAUUAGUUUUGGAUGAUGAUCAAUAUAUUAAAUUGAUGUGUUCAUCUGAGAGUGAUAUGUUAUUAUUAGAAGAAAGUGAAUUAACUUUUAUAAGCCAAAAUCAAAAAAAAAACCACUUACCAUCGUUCAAUAGAUCUAUGAUAAAUAGUGAUAAUACGAAUAAUGAAAUUAAUCAAGGAGUACAAGAUGAAGAUGAUGUUCUUUUAAGUGAUGAUGAAGAUGAAAAUAUUUCUUCCUUUUAUAAAGAAUAUGUUAAAGAAAUUCAAAAAAAAAUUAGACAUUAUUGUGAAUUAGAGUUUGAAUCAUUAUGGAGUGAAACUAGAAGAACAAAAACUUCUAUUUGUCAGGCUACCAAUAUUCUAUCAAAAAAAAUUAGCGAAUUAAAAAAGGAUAUAUUAGAAUCAAAUACAUUAUGUAAUGAUUACAAAUUAAUAAAAAAAGUUUUACAAGAUAUUAUUCCACCUAUAUUACUGAAAGUUGUAACUUUCGAUCAAAUAUUUGAAAGAGUUCCACAUGUUUAUAUAAGGUCUUUAUUUGCUUCCGCACUUGCAUCCAAUUAUUAUUAUUCACAACAAUUCUUAAACGAUUUAUCUGCUUUCAACUUUUUUGAAUAUAUUCAAAACUUACAAAGUUUAAGUAAAAAUGAAAGCAGUAAAGAAUAA